AUGCCGACGACGACGAUGGAUGUUCUCUUCUUUCCCUUCCUAGUUUUCCUUUUACUACUCAUCGUUUCCUCCGUUCCUUCAGAAUGCAACCCAAAACCUGUCAUCUUCAAUUUCGGUGAUUCCAAUUCCGACACCGGCAAUUUUCUCAUCACCCGUGGGAUGCUUUCACAACUCCCACAAAACUUUUCUCUUCCUUUACAGGGCCGUUUAUGUGAUGGACGAUUGGUACUCGAUUUCCUAUGUGAAAGCUUGAAUGCUCGUUACUUGAGUCCAUUCAUGGAAUCUAUAGCAUCAAACUUCACAAAUGGAGUUAAUUUUGCGAUUGCCGGUUCUUCAGCUUUUCCUAGAACUGGUCCUUUUAGUUUGGCUGUUCAAGUUGCGCAGUUUGCUCGAUUCAAAAACCGUUCCCUUGAAUUCUUUUCUCCAGGAAUCGAAGGUCUGCUGGGGGAAGAGGACUUUGCAAAUGGUCUUUAUGUGAUUGACAUGGGACAAAACGACCUGGAUACAGCAUUUGCUUCGCAUUCAUAUGCACAAGUUGUGCAGAGAAUUCCCUCUUGGAUUGCAGAAAUUGAAAACGCUAUAUGGGUGAGCACCAAGCCAGAAUUUAAAGGCAAAUUAUAA